CAACAUGCAAGUGGCAGGAGCUAUGCGACACGAGUGUAGCGAGGGAGAGGACGAGGGGAGGGAGCAGCAGCAAGCCAGGGCCCCUUAAGGCAUCCAGAAGGACUAAGAGACGAAAGGACAGGCAGGUAGAAAGACGGACUAGAAGGCCAAGAACGCUAAAGACCUUUGACGUGAGGGGGACACAAGUAGUAAGGCAGGACUGUUUGAGGGAUUGAGAAGAAAAAAUAGAGGAAAGUGCCAUGAAGUUUGGACAGCGAAUGAGGGCCGAGGAAGCGGCCUGCUUGCUCGGCAAUCGGCUGGAACUGGCGGAUAGAUUUGUGAAUUACAAGUGCCUCAAGAAGCUCAUCAAGCCGCUGACGGCACAAACCGACUCUGCUUCCCAAGAAGCGCAUGAGCAAACUUUCGUUCGAGCUCUUCUCCAUGAAAUCAACCAGGUCAACGAUUUCUUUGUGAACAAGGAGAGCGAAUAUUGUGACUACAUGACUAACAAGCUCGGGGAGCGAGUGAGGAUCCUUGAGCACAAGAAUUUCGGAGAAGAAAGCUUCAGAGCUGAUCCAGAGUGCCUGAGGACGUUACUCAACGACAUUGCUGCCUUUGCUGUUAAAGUCCAGAAUCUUAGGAGAUAUGCGAUUGUGAAUGCGUUGGCUGUUGUGAAGAUAACCAAGAAGCAUGACAAGCACUCCAUGGAUCCGCUUCAGCCUAAAGUGAUCAAGGCUAUGGAGGAUUUUGCCUUUUUCUCAUCGUCUCGCUUUCCAAAUCUUCUCAACUCGACAGAGUCUCUGCUGGAACGAUUCACAAACCGACCGAAACCUCUCAGUCUGACUCAGUACUCGAAGAGCUGGAGGACUGCGUCCCCUGCUGGUUCAGUCUCCUCCGACGACCUGUCUUCCCCACAAGUUAUGACUCCGCUUGGUCCCGGGCAACCUGAACUUAACGAUGGAACAUCUCUCAGCCUGUGGAAUCGGGGCAUGCAGGAGGCAGACAAUCUGAUCAGCAGCAAGCUUCACUUCCAGCCGCUCAGUGAUCCAGCGCUCAGACGUUCUGCUGAGUCACAGAUGUUGCCGUCCUUCAAGGAUUCUGCUUUCAUGGGCGGCAAGGCUCACAGCGCGUCAACCAACCAUGUUUCUUUCCAGCUGACUGCAAACAGAAACGCUGAUGCCUCUCGGUCGUCCCCUGACAGGAACUCGUCCCUGCCCUCGUUGAAUUUCUCGUCCCUCGUUGGAAACCAGACAGCAGCAGACAUCGUCAUGGCAUCUUCAUCUAAGGUGUUCGGUGGCGACGGCGAGGAUUCCACGUUUGCGGAUUCACUCCUCAAGAAGAACUCUAAGGUAGAAAUCUUGGAGGUGAAGCCGAGAUUGAGGAGGAGAAGUUGGGGUCAAGGAGGGAAGCAAGCCCUCGGAGGGCGCCCCCUGCACGACAUGGACACAACCAUCGUCCCAGUCAAGUUGAGCACAGAGCUGCUGAGGCAGCACUUUGAUAUGCCUCUCAACGAUGCUGCUCGCAAACUCGGGAUCUGUGCCACUGCGAUCAAGAAGGUUUGCCGCAAAAUGGGCAUUCGUCAGUGGCCUUUCCAGCGCCUGAAGCCUAUUCAGCGUCGUUUGGCAAAGUUGAGGUCGCAGCCUUCGAUGCUUCCUGAAGUUGCCAUGGAGCUCGAAGCGCUUGAGGCUCAGCGAGCAGCUCUGUUGGCAGGUCAGGAGAUCGACGAUGCUGACCUGCCCAAAGAUUGAACAAGGAGGAAUCCGCAGUGUCCCAUUAACAGAUUAGUGUGAAAUAUGAGUGUAGAUUGUGAAUGAAGAUUGAUUAGCGUAA